AUGGCUUCCAGUCAAGGUACUCCGAAAAAUGAAACCCCCAUAGUGAAAGCCACAUUGUCAAAAUAUGUUCCAGCUUGCGUAUCUACUGAUGUAGAGCUUAAGCACAUUGAAAAUGGGCCUCUUGACGAGAACCCACUUCACAAAUAUAGUCCUAACAAUCCCUUUUCACCCCGCGUACGAGAAAUGGAAUCUAAUCCCAGUCCAUUAUCGCCUAUGUCGCAGUGGGGUAUGCCAGGAAGUGAAGAUAAGGAGGAGGUUAAAAAAAUCGCUAUUGUUGGAGGUGGCAUGUCCGGCUUUGCCGCCUACUGGGCGUUGCGAAAAACCAGGUACCAUGUCGAUCUCUUCGAGGCCACUGACGACUUUGCGAGUCUCACCAAGCCAAUCUUGGGAGGCAUGCCUCCAAAUGACGUGAAAAUAGAUAGGUCUUUUCUUAACUGCUUCGCUCACACUUCGCCGAAUUUGAUGAAAUUGUGCCAGUACUUGAAGAUACCUUUUAUCUCAACUCCCUUCAACUUUACUGUUUCAAAGGAACGUAAUAUACAACAUUGCCGUAUUGAAUAUUUGUCUCAUCGCAUGAAUACUACCAGUUGGAAGACUUGGCUGGAGCCGAGUACAUGGAAGUUGUAUUAUGAGAUCUGGAAGUUCCACUUGUUUUCGAUGGACCUCUUAGGUACGAGAAGACGUGGGCCUGAGGACAAUUACCGGACGCUUAUUGAGGGCGGAAUUUGCAUCCAGUGGACUGUCGGUCGCUAUCUUGACGAUGCCGGUUACUCGGAAAAUUUCAUGUCAAAGUAUCUUUUUCCCUUAGCCCAGAUCGUGUGGAAUAUUGAGUCUCCCGGGGAUCUUCGUGAGCUUCCCAUUCAGCGAUUCGUGGCCUUUUUAUGGACCGCAGGAGUCUUCGGUAUUUCCCCAACCAUAAAGAUUCUGAGACCCGACGGCGAUGCCGCUGAGCGCCUCAAAAGACGCAUUCUUGCCCAGAAGAAUAAUAAGACUAUUCAUAUGAAUUCCAGGGUCGAGUCAGUUGUUGUCCGCCCUGACAAAGGUCAUCGCUUGCUUCACCUUACGUUAUCCGGGGAUAGAAUGCUCUUUUAUGACUACAUUAUAUUCGCGGUCCCACCUGAGGAAGCUCUUCGUCUCUUAGGCGAUGAAGUAACUGACGGGGAGCGGGAAAUUCUAGGCAAUUUCCAAAGCACGCGUGUUCAUGCUUGGCUGCAUUCAGACAAUAGACUUGUACCUAAUGGACAAGUAUCAUCGUACAUCAACUGGGCUAUGUUUGGGGAUGACGUGCCUCAAAUGCCCUGCAUAACUUAUCGUCUGAACGCGUUUAAUGACAGGACUUGCGCAACAAGCCCCCUAUAUGUCACUCUUAACCCUAUGAUUCGUCCCGCCCUGAAAGCAACGGUAGCUGAAUGGACUUACAGUCGGCCUGUAAUCAACGCCCGCUCCUUGAAUGCUCGUCAGCAUCUAGCUAACAUACAAAACGUGACAAAUCGACACCUCAUGUUUUGUGGGUCGUGGGACGGCUAUGGAUUACAUGAGGACAGCGUUCGCAGUGCUUUCUGGCUUGCAACAAGAUAUUUUGAUGCUAAACUCUCAUUUGACUUCACGGAUUCUUCAGUGACAUACCCUUCUGCCCCUCCACGCACUGUUGGUGAACUCUCCUUACGAGCAUUUUUAUACUUGCUGGGAAUGCUUAUAUGGAUCUGGAAGUCUAUUGUUGCUGGCGUAAAUUCAUUAUUAACAUCUUUUGGCGCGGGAAUGGCCUUUAUGCCCACGUUUCUACCCUACGUUUGA